AUGAAGCUCUUUACCUCUGCAAUUCAAUGGCAAUGGCUGCUCCUUCUUCAACUUAUCUUCCUCUCCUUGACAACCUGCGGCAGCCUGCCGCACGAAAUUCCUAGGCUCGCCCCAUUCUACGAGCCCAUCCUACAACACUCAUCUUCCAAACCUCUUCCCCCCGACUUCAAAACCUUUUACUACACACAAACCUUGGACCACUUCAAUUACGCACCUCAAAGUUAUGCCACUUUUCAACAGAGAUACAUAGUGAACUCCAAGUACUGGGGUGGCGCCCAAUCCAACUCCCCUAUCUUCGCAUGGCUCGGCGCGGAAGAUUCCAUCGACUAUAGUCCUAAGAGUGCCGGAUUUCUCACCAAUAUUACCCCUCAUUUUAAGGCCCUUCUCGUCUACAUAGAGCAUAGGUUUUACGGAGAAUCGAUACCGUUUGGAGAAGGGCUAAUAAACGAUACAAUUCGGGGGUAUUUCAACUCCGCGCAAGCACUGGCGGAUUAUGCAGAGGUGCUUUUAUAUAUAAAAAACAGUUUACAAGCCCACGAUUCUCCGAUAAUUGUUAUUGGAGGAUCAUAUGGAGGAAUGCUUGCUUCGUGGUUUCGGUUGAAGUAUCCACACAUUGCUCUUGGUGCUUUAGCUUCAUCAGCACCAAUUUUAUACUUUGAUAACAUUACAGCAGAAGAUGCAUAUUAUUCUAUAGUGAGCAAAGACUUUAGGGAAGUUAGUGACACCUGCUAUCAAACAAUAAAGCAAUCAUGGUCGAUUAUUGACACAAUUGCUUCCCAGCCAAACGGCCUCUCCAUUCUUAGUCGCAAGUUUAAUUUUUGUCAGAAUUUAAACUCGGCGUUGGAGCUAAAGAAUUACUUGGAUAGGAUGUAUUGUGCGGCCGCUCAAUAUGACAUGCCGGCCACACAACCAGUGAGGGUGGUGUGCGGCGGCAUAGAUGGCGCACCCAAAGGGGCUGAUAUUCUUGACCGGAUACAAGCUAGUGUUGUCGCCAUAAAAGGGAAUAAACCCUGCUAUACUGUUUCCGCCAUAGAAGGGAAUAAAUCUUUCUAUACUGUUUCUGCAGGAGGGGAUGAUGGGUGGAGUUGGCAAACUUGUAGUGAACUGGUGUUUCCCAUAGCGAAAGGAACUGACUCCAUGUUCGAUCCAGCUCCUUUCAAUCUGGAGCAAUAUUCCCAGUCCUGCAUUAGUGCUUUCGGUGUUCCCCCUCGACCCCAUUGGGUCACGACAUAUUUCGGAGGACAAGAUAUUAAAUUAAUUCUUCGAAAUUUCGGAAGCAACAUUAUAUUUUCGAAUGGCGGGAGAGACCCGUAUAGCAGUGCUGGAGUUUUGAAAGACAUAUCGGAUACCAUCCUUGCGGUUUAUACCCAAAAUGGCUCUCAUUGUUUGGACAUACUUGGGGAAACAGCUAUGGAUCCAGCAUGGUUAACCAACCAACGAAAGAAGGAGGUUAAAAUAAUAGAAGGUUGGAUAACCAAGUAUUAUGCUAACAUUCGAGCCAUCAAGAACAAGGCCGUCCCAAUAAAAAUUGGAACCUUAAUUUGGACCUUGAAGUAUCCACACAUUGUUCUGGGUGCCUUAGCUUCAUCAGCUCCCAUUCUGGGUGCCUUAGCUUCAUCAGCUCCCAUUCUCUACUUUGACAAUAUCACACUACAAAAUAGAUAUUAUUCUAUAGUGACCAAAGACUUUAGGGACGUUAGUGAGAGUUGUUAUCAAACUAUAAGAAAAUCAUGGUCUAUUAUUAACAAAAUUGCUUCCAAGCCAAACGACCUCUACAUUCUCAGUCGCAAAUUCAAGCUUUGCCAGGACUUAAACUUGUCGAGGGAUCUAAAGGAUUACUUGGAUCUGAGGUACUCCGUCGCCGCUCAAUAUGACACACCGUCAAAAUAUCCAGUGACGGAGGUGUGCGGCGGCAUAGAUGGCGCUCCCAAAGGGACUCAUAUUCUUGACCGGUUUUUUGCUAGAUUCUUCGCUAGUGAAGGAAACCAAUCUUGCUACAGUAUUCCCACCGGUAAUGCUAUUUGGGGAUGGAGUUGGCAAAGAUGUAGUGAAAUGGUGAUUCCGAUCGAGCAUGGCGAUGGCGCAACCAAGUUCUUUCCAGCUCCUUUCAAUUUGCAACAAUUUUCCCAGGACUACAUUAAUCUCUUUGGGGUUCCACCUCGACCACAUUGGAUCACAACCUAUUAUGGAGGACAGGAACUAUCUACACUAGCGUACACAGCUCGUUCCCUUCCUCUGCGGCCAGGGACUGCUCGGCUUCAUCGAUGGGUCCAAUCUGUGUCCUCCGACGACCCUCGCCAUCAAGCCACCACCGGCUGCUGCUGCUACGCCGCCGGCGCCACCGCAGCCGAACCCAACGUAUGCGGUGUGGAUACAACAAGAUUAGUCGAUCUUGUCACUCUUGAUUUCCUCCCUCAUGGCGGAAGUGAUAUACCUUGCUGUUGGCCGGAACACCGCCCAGGAGGUGUGGAACUCCAUCACCCCCGCCUUGGCGUCCUUCUCUCGCUCCCGAUGUCUGAGCCUCCUCGGCGAGUUCUAAACACUCCGGCUAGGCGACAAUACCCCGACUGA